UUUCCAGACUUCAGAGUUAAAACAAUACAGGCCAGAUUUGUGUGCCAAUCUUAUAUUAAAGGAUAAGGCAACCAAUCAUCAUGAAGCAGGCCUUUUGGCUGCGUCACAGUCACGGUUUGCACACGCUAUCACGUGUUUCUCAAAAGCCAUAACACUACAGCCAGAGCAGACUCAACUCUAUGUAGACAGAGCCGAAUCAUAUCUUCAGUUGUGUGACUUCAAUUCUGCUGCCCUUGACUACAAGCACGCCUGCUAUCUGAAACCCCAGACGAGGGCCAAUUUUGACCGCCUCGCGUUCAUUUAUUACUUGCAGGGACAGUGUCGUUGUGAUCAAGGGAUGUUCUUGGCGGCACUGGAGUCCUUUGCCAAGGCAAUCGAAUUGAGGCCAGACUUUAGACCUUAUCACAUGAGAAGCUUGGUAUGUCUAUCCAUGCUAGGCCGUUACUCUGACUGCAUUCGCCUGGUUACUAAUUGGCUUGAAACUGACACCCCAUCACCUGACCUCUUCACUCUAAGAGCUCGAUUGUACCACCGACUCAAUCAGGCCACUAUGUGUUACUUUGACCUGAAGGCCGCUUUGAGGCUGGACCCAAGCUGUUCACAAGCGCGGGCCCUGCUGGAGGAGUUGGAGCAGGCAGCCGAGCACUCCCGACAGCAGGCCAUCACGAAGGCUCUGGAGGGAGAGCUGUCGGACGCUCUGGCCAAGAUGACCACAGCUCUAGAGCAGAACCCCGAGAAGGCACAUUAUUACAUUUUUAGAGGAACGCUUUACCGCAGACUGAAUGACUUCCCCGCUGCCAUAGAGGACCUGGCACUUGCUGUGGAGCUCGGCGGGGAGCCCGAGCGCUCAGUGGCUCUCGAGGAGGACGGGCGUACCCAGCUGGCUCUUGCUUACAAUGACUUUGCCGUCCACUGCUUCUCCUGGGGCUUCUACAGCGAGGCCAUCAUGCUUCUGACCAGGGCCAUCUGCGAGCGGAGAGACGAGAGUGGCCUCUUCAUUAACCGAGGAGAUUGUUUUUAUAAGCAGAAAGAAUGGCACUUUGCCCUAGCCGACUAUCAGCAGGCUGACGAGCUGGACCCCCACAGCACAUCCAUUCGCCUUCGCCUGGCCACCAUUCACAACACCCUUGGCCUGAACAGUUACAAUGACCUGAAGUUCCAGGAGGCAGUCGAGAGGUUUUCUGCGGCCAUCGAGUACGAGCCUGGAGUCGCGCAGUACUACAGGAACCGGGCUAAGGCCCACCGCCGAAUGCAUGGAGUGGAGGAAGCGAAGCAGGAUGCCAUCAGUGCCCUCAUCCUAGAUCCCUCUAGUGAUGAGCUGGUGCCUCUGGUGCUGAGCCUGUUCCCAGGCUGUUCUCUGUCAGACGUCACAUCCAGCACCACUGCUCAGACAGUCCGAGUUGGGCUGAUGGCUCAGAUUCAAGCCUGCAAAACAACAGCCUCUCCUGCAUCAAGACUCUCUGAGAAGCUUGAGAAGAUGGUCCUCGAAUGUGAUGCUGAUGGCCAGUUAGACACAGACUGCCAGAGCUUGUUGAGCGGGGAGGAGGUGGAAGCAGGACUUGAACCACAUGUUUUUCCUCAGCAGCUGGCUAGGAGCAAGGAACAGGUGGUCCAGGCUGUAAGGACGCUCUUGCAGCAGAGACAGCCUCUGUGUCACAUGGGACCUCGCCUUGCUCCGCUCCGGGCCGCCGUGCACACCCUGGAGCGAACCUCCUCCGCUGCCAGGCGUUCGUAUGCCUGGAGGGACUUUGGGGGCAUCGGCCUCAGUUGCUAACGGCCUUGUCAGAAUGGGUCAUCAGUAGUGCGCUGUCAUGACUGGAAGUCUGACCUGAAGCAAGGGAGGGACAGGAACUCUGCAGCAUCCAGCCAGUCUUAAUGAGGCUUGGGGCCGCAAACCAUGUAGCCGUUAAUAAUGGCACUCUGCUUGAAAGUGGAAGUGCGCAGUGUGGGUGUGGAGGGAUCGAAUCGUCUUAACUGGAAAUACUUGUGAAUAGACAACUCGUAGACGAUUCUGAAAUAAACACUGCAAUUGUCAGAGCAAGAGUCUUACUUAAAACCUGAUGGGAACUAUCUAGAGUCUGUCAUCACAAAUGUGUAUUGAUUGGCCAGAAUGGGUCUCUGGUGAUUUGAACACAUGAAGUUUCAAUGCAGUGAUUGACACCAACCUAAA